UCACGCUCUGCUCUAAUAGCUGUUACAUCUGUUACAUCUCUUCAGACAUGUUACCCUCUGUCCUGAAACUGUUUCCCCAUACUCAGCGGUUUCUUUUGUGCUUCAGGGUGUCGUGUUGAGGGUUAAUGUUGUGUUAUCAGGCUUCGCUAAUCAAGUAGUGCUUUAUUGUGUAUUUCUGAGCUACCGUAGCAGACCGCGCCCCCUUUCCCUCCUGCUUUAGUCAGGCGCUUUAAUCAAGCGGUGCGCUUUUAGAUCCGCACGCGCACAUGGGCACGGACAUGGACACUGACGGGUGCUCAUACACACACACUCACACACACUCACACACUUCUUCAGCAAGCGCGUGAACAAAAGGUGCACAUGUAAACUGGAAAGUCCUGAAGUGCUUCUGAAAGAAAGAAAGAAAGAAAGAAAGAAAAAGCGUGGGAGCUUGGAGCAGAGUUCCACAGCUGGGGAGUGCUCGGGCAUGUUCUCAUAAACCCUACACCCUAUUUAGGGCAGCUCUCCCUGUGCUUAAGGAUGGUUGAUAAAGGGCCCUUACUGACCUCGGCUAUCAUCUUCUACCUGUCCAUCGGGGCUGCAAUCUUCCAAGUGCUCGAGGAGCCAAACUGGAAACUGGCAGUGAAUCAGUACAAAGAGCAGAAGGAGAAGAUCCUGAGAGAUUACCCAUGUCUCACUAACGCAGAUCUGGACAGGAUCCUAGAGGUGGUGUCCGAGGCUGCAGGACAAGGAGUCACCAUUACAGGAGAAAAAACCUUUAACAACUGGAAUUGGCCGAAUGCUGUCAUAUUUGCUGCUACAGUCAUUACAACCAUUGGUUAUGGCAAUAUUGCUCCCAAAACCUCAUCAGGGAGGGUUUUUUGCAUUUUCUAUGGACUGUUCGGUGUGCCACUUUGUCUGACCUGGAUCAGUGAGCUUGGCAAGUUUUUUGGUGGAAGAGCAAAACACCUUGGACAAUAUCUUACCAAGCGAGGCGUUUCAUUGAGGAAGGCACAGUUCACCUGCACAGCCAUCUUCCUGAUAUGGGGUGUACUGAUUCAUUUGGUUAUUCCUCCAUUCGUUUUCAUGUCUCAGGAGGGUUGGACCUACAUAGAGGGCUUAUACUUUUCCUUCGUCACUUUGACAACUAUUGGAUUUGGUGAUCUUGUAGCAGGUGUUGACCCCAAUGCAAACUACCCCACUCUGUAUCGCUACUUUGUUGAGGUAUGGAUAUACCUGGGCUUGGCCUGGCUCUCCCUCUUCUUUAACUGGAAGGUGCGAAUGGUCAUCGAGGCUCACAAAGCUCUGAAGAAGCGGCGAAAACGGCGCAAGCUCUCACUGGAUGAGUUCCAGCACUACAGAGAGACCCACAAGGCCUUGCAAUUACCACCUGCCGGCAAUGAUGUCAACAUCUUCAGCUUCCUGUCCAAGAAAAAGGAGGGCUACAAUGACCUCAUCAAACAGAUCGGUACCAAGAAAGAAGGAGAUCAGAGUGCCAGUACGAUUAGCGCUAAAAGGCAGAGCGAAUUCAUUCGCUCCAGGAGCUGCAACGAUGCCAUCUCCAUUAAUGGCAAUGCAAUUCUCAACCUAGAGCAAUCGCCUCGCCAGAAACGCCGCUACAGCUUCAGUGACCGUGUCACGGUGGUCUUCUCCAAAUCCAAAAGCUAUCUGCUUGGCACAGAAGAGGGUCCGCUGCUAAAUGAGAUGCAGGUUGAGGGUGAGCUGGAUGCAGACAUUGAGAGAAUGUAUGAGAAUCAGUUGGAUAAAGAGGCAGGAGAGGAACACAGGAACCUCGGGCCUGGGGGCUGCGGUCCUGGCCAUCACAUGUGGGACUCCAAUGAGUAUCAGCCUGUUAUUUUUCAAAAUGCCAACAUCACCUUUAUCGAUGAAGAGAACCUGCUGAACAACAGCCUGGUGGAUGAGAACGAAGAUGAAGACAUCAAGAUCAAGCUCUCGACUUCGGAUGAAAAUGGUGAGUCUGAGACUGAUUCCAAGGAGGAGCAGUGCUCCGAAUCGGAGGGAUCCGUGUUCACAGACGGAUCCGAUCACUCUCAUUCCUACGAGCAGCUGGUAGAGGAGUAUUCCAAAGAAAACAACACUGAUACCUGAAGCAUUGACCCAUCAGUGUUUUUUUUGUUUGUUUGUUUGUUUUUGUUUUGUUUUUUCUUUUUUAAAUUAUGGACAUUUUGUGCAUAACAACUUGAAGACAUUUGUGUGUCCAACUUGAUCAAAGACACAUACAUUUAUAAUCCAUUUCACAAUAUUUGUGCGGCAUAUCUUUUGUUGAUGGAGUCUGUGAAAUGCAUCUCAAUCAGUAUUGAGUAGACAAUGUAGGUUUUGCAAAAGAACAAGCAAUUGUCUUACUCCACAACACCCCAAUUAUUGGGGCAUGACCAAAAUGACCAAAAUGUUAUUCAGUCUGAACUCUAACUCUAUGGACAGAUUUUUGGAAGGUUGAAAUUAAGACUGUUUGAUAGUUCUUCACUUAUUCUGUGGUUUUUUUUUUUUCUAGUUUUUGCCUAAUAGAGUUAUAAUUUAUUAAAUUAUGUGGGGGAAAAUGAGCUUAAGUGUAAGGACAAGCAGAAUCAGUUGCAAACUGGUUCACUGGAUAUGAACAGUAAGGUGAUUCCUUUAAGAAUUGCUCCUGGUUCUCACUUUUAUUCACCAUAUUGGUGGUUUUAUAUCAACAUAAUGAAGGACAAACACAUUCCACUUGCAUUAUGUUUUGAACCAUUUUUAUAGGUUUUGGCUUUUUCAUCACCUAAUUUCUUGAUGUAAUUACCAGUCUCUGUUAUCAUAAAGUCUGAGAGCCAAGGCUGCACAUGCUUCCUCUGAGGCGUGUUAAACUUUGUUGUGUCUUUUUAGGUCCCUGAUAUUUACAACUUUCCAUUUUAUUUGUGAAUCACUGCGAAUACAGUCAGUCAGUUGCAACCCCCUGUCUGUGGACAGCAUAUUGCACUAGUCUGAUUCAGUCUGAGCCAUUAAAGACAGCUCUGUGCUGUCGGUGGUGUUACUGCUGCUGGUGUCCUAUUCAGAACCCAGCCUGAGUCUCUUCCAUGCACUGUAUCAAGCUGAUAGUUGGAUUGGAUUUUUGAUCAGUUGAUGAUGGUCCUGGAUUUUUCCGCUGUCAGACAAGUUUGUAAGCUUGGAUCUGCUCAGGCUUAUUUAGCAUAAACAAGAUUAAAUCAUGCAUUUUGACAUUUGUGCUCAUGUUAUACUACGUUUUGUGCAUGAAAAAGUCUUUUUUGUACUGUACGGAUUCUUUCAGCCAGUCACUGACUUGCCAAUCCGGAGAUAUUAUUUCAGUUAUCCCAGAUAACUCAAUCCGGUUAUACUAGUUCUGGGGCAUGUUUGAAGAACUGAACUGUCACUAAUAGUAGUCUAGUAUAUGUGAUAUCAUCUUACGUUUGUGAAGCAUCGUACAAAGAAAGGAACUGAAGCUAGGUCAUUUUUCCCAGCAAAGGUAUGUGAAGUUUGUUGGCCUAUUUUGUCUUAAGUUAGAGGUUAUUAUUAUUGGUUAGAGCAAAUAUUUAUAUGCUUAGUCUAGACGUGUCUAAAACAAGGACAGACAUGGAGUUGUCAUUUUAGUAGGCACUAAUAAACAGUUCAAAAAUGGUGCAAAACUAUUUUACAUAAACCUCAAAAACUGUAUUAAUUAUUCCUAGUUAUUCUUGAUUAAUAUUUCAUUGAAGGUAAUAAAUAAGCGUUUUUACUAUGUCUUAUCAGACAUAUAGAAGCAUAACAUGGUGAUGUUAUUAAAUGAUACAGUAACGACCUGCUUCUCUCUCAUCUGCACUUGAGAAUUGCGUGUUGAGAAUGUAGAGUUAUGUAUGUAACAUUUUUGCAUAAUGCCAAUCUCAAUACUGUAGCCACAAGAAUGUGUGAGGCAAAAUGUGGAUAUCCUGCUUGUAAUUCCCUCGACUGGGGAGUGUGUCUCACAUAGGCCUCUUGCGUCAUGGUGCUAGGCAGCACCAGUGCGAGGAAAACAGCUUCCUGAGUGGGUUUCCUGUCUUAGAUUAAUUAUGCAGUGCACAUCCCUGGGUCAAUUCGUUCUAAUUCUGUCUCCUGUUCCAAGAUUCUUUCUGUUCACUAAUAGUCUGGAUUAAUCUAAUGAUUUUUGGGUUAGUACACUGGCUCACUGUGUUAAACUGUUAUAAAUGCACUUGCUGCCUGGAUAUUAAUUGAUGUCCAUACGCCAAAGCCUGUAAUAGUCAGUAUUCUGUGGCUGUGUAUUUGAGCACACGAACCUCUUCUGAACUGCAGUGAGAUUGUAGGAUCACAUAUCCACUUAGGCUUGUUUGGAUUAAUUAUCAGUGAUUUAGCUUUUUUCCAAUGCUGUGUAUUAGUGAAGCAGAAUUGUUCCAUGAAGUGCCUGCAAACAUCCUGAACAAAAAUAGAACCUCUUUAAGUUCUUGCCCAGAUAUUUGGUGAAGACUCAGUCUCGCUCAAGAGUGUGGUGUAUUUUGUAUGUAAACACUGGGGAACUGCUCGAAUGUAGCCACCACUUUGUUCAGGCCAUAACCUUGUAGCUCUGUAAUCUGUGUUUACUUUUCCUGCACUCAAAGUGACACGAGUGGCCAUAAACUUUACGCAGGUGACCGAGUUUAAAAUGUGACCGUUUAAGUGUGUCGUCUUGAUGCCAGACAGGAAUGUUGGAAAUGUAGAUUCUUGCCUUAAUGACAUUUACAAAAUAUUGUGUUCCUUUAAAACUAAGUGUUACUGUAAAUGGAUAUUCAAUUAACUCAUUAAUUCAUUAAUGUCUAUUUUGUAAUUAAUGCAGGUGAUGUUAUUUACUGACUCUUUCAGUGCCUUAUCACCUUCCCUGUUUGAAGCUUUGUGUUCAAACCACAUGUGUUCAAAUCAUAAAGAUGAUAAAUUGAAAAAUAUUUGCCUAGGACAUUUCUGUCCUGUAGUCCUCUAGGAUCAGGUACUGUAGAAGGUUGCCUUGUGUUUCACGCACAAAAAACCCGACUGAAUGCAGACAAAAAAGCUUUGUUUUUGAGUCUGAGGUACUUCUGUGGCUUCUGAAGGAUUUGCAGACAAUUAAAAUCGAGUGAACUCAGAAUUUCCCUGACUUGUAUUAUGCACACUCCAGCAUGUUGUAAAAAGUCUUGUUUUUAAUGUGAAAUUUUUUGCUUCAAUUUUGUGCUUUUUUUUAAAGAAAUAAAGAUUUGAGAAUACA